AUGGCGUCGAUGAUGCAACCGCAAAUCAUUCUGUUAAAGGAAGGCACAGACACAUCUCAGGGGAAAGCGCAGCUAAUCAGCAACAUCAACGCCGUAACAGCCGUCGGCGACGUGGUUCGAACCACGCUCGGGCCGCGAGGGAUGGAUAAGCUAAUCCACGACGAUAAGGGAUCCGUCACCAUUUCCAACGACGGAGCUACAAUCAUGAAGUUACUCGAUAUUGUUCAUCCCGCCGCUAAGAUCCUCGUUGAUAUCGCCAAAUCUCAAGAUUCAGAGGUAGGUGAUGGGACGACUACCGUUGUUCUACUUGCAGCUGAGUUUUUGAAGGAGGCUAAGCCGUUUGUUGAGGAUGGUGUUCACUCUCAGAAUUUGAUUAGGAGUUAUCGUACUGCCAGCACUUUGGCAAUCGAGAAGGUGAAAGAGCUAGCUGUUAGCAUUGAGGGGAAGAGUGUAGAGGAGAAGAAAGGUUUGUUGGCUAAAUGUGCUGCUACUACUCUUUCCUCUAAGCUUAUUGGUGGUGAAAAGGAGUUUUUCGCUACUAUGGUUGUUGAUGCUGUUAUGGCUAUUGGGGAUGACGAUAGGCUUAAUUUGAUUGGGAUCAAAAAGGUUCCGGGUGGUAACAUGCGAGACUCUUUCCUAGUUGAUGGUGUGGCUUUCAAAAAGACAUUCUCAUAUGCAGGGUUUGAACAACAGCCAAAGAAGUUUCUUAAUCCCAAAAUCCUCCUGCUUAACAUCGAAUUGGAGUUGAAAUCUGAGAAGGAAAACGCUGAGAUUAGGCUGUCGGAUCCGUCACAGUACCAGUCAAUAGUCGAUGCAGAAUGGAAUAUCAUUUAUGACAAGCUAGACAAAUGUGUCGAAAGUGGAGCAAAAGUUGUUCUUUCUCGAUUGGCUAUUGGUGAUCUAGCUACUCAGUACUUUGCAGAUCGUGAUAUCUUCUGCGCUGGCCGUGUAGCAGAAGAGGAUCUUAAUCGCGUGGCUGCUGCUGCUGGAGGAACAGUUCAGACAAGUGUUAACAAUAUAAUACCCGAGGUUCUCGGAACUUGUGAGAUAUUUGAGGAAAAACAAGUUGGUGGGGAGAGAUUUAACAUAUUCAGUGGUUGCCCUUCAGGACGUACAGCAACCAUUGUCCUCCGUGGUGGAGCUGAUCAGUUCAUCGAAGAAGCUGAGCGGAGUUUACAUGAUGCGAUUAUGAUUGUGAGAAGAGCUGUGAAGAACUCAACUGUUGUUCCUGGAGGUGGAGCUAUAGAUAUGGAGAUAAGCAAGUACCUAAGGCAACAUUCACGAACAAUUGCUGGGAAGUCACAGCUUUUCAUCAACUCGUAUGCAAAGGCCCUGGAGGUUAUUCCACGACAAUUAUGUGACAAUGCCGGAUUUGAUGCAACUGAUGUCCUGAAUAAAUUAAGACAAAAACACGCCAUGCAAAGCGGUGAAGGAGCUAACUACGGAGUGGACAUUAACACUGGUGGAAUAGCUGAUUCAUUUGCUAACUUCGUCUGGGAACCAGCAGUUGUGAAGAUUAAUGCUAUAAACGCUGCGACUGAAGCAGCUUGCCUUAUCCUUAGUGUGGAUGAAACUGUGAAGAACCCUAAAUCUGAGAGUGCACAAGGAGAUGCGGCCGCAGGUGCUAUGGGAAGAGGACGCGGUGGAGGUCGUGGCCGUGGCAUGAGAAGGCGAUAAGUUUUCUUUAUCUUAUGGCAAAACUUGCGGUCUUCUCUGAAUUUUAGUUUUAUUGAAUUUUGAUCUUGAAAUCAAAAAGCUAGUAUGGUAUUUGUGUUUGUUUGACGUAUGUUCAUACAAUUUGUGAUUUGUGACACUGGAGAAACUUUAUUUGCUUAAUUAGAUCAAGACAUUGUAUCAAAUUCAGUUAGUGGUGCAUAUCUUAUUUGCUCUAAGAGCUUAGAAGCUUAGUAAGUAGAGGUACAUCAACACAUGGGAACUUCUUCCACUCAUCAAAGUGAUCUCUAAGUAUCUCUUUCGCUUUCUCUUUCAAGCUCAAAUCACAGUCCGCUCUCAGGACAGAACAAAGCUUCUCCACCGUCCCGACACAAACCAUCUCUUCAACCACGACAUUCUCCGGCGAGAAUUUGGACAGUGUGCUGAGGAUAGUGAUAGCUCUAUCGUCUGCUGCAACCGAAACCCUCAAUACCCGUGUUGUCAAAAUCGCAAUCCCGCCUCUAUGAGCAAGCAUCUCGGCUCUACCAUCUGCGCAACAACAUAAACGAGACAAGAUUCCCAACACAAGUUCAGUGGUUCUCUUCUCGCAGGUGUAGCUUAUUUCGAGCUCGAUGAGUUCAGAAACCGCACCGAGAUCCACAAGGAUGGUUCUGCUCCGGCUCGAAGAAGAGGUCUCUAGAAGAAUCAUCAGCGCCGCAGUCACACCACGUUUAAUAAC